AUGUCUGCACAGAUCUAUCCAAUACAAACAUAUAAACCUUCCAGGGUUCCAGCUAAACGUUUUCCUCUUGCAAACGCUGCCAAUCAGCAGUUGCCACCCACAGCAACAACGCCUCAGAAAGUUCAUGCAAAACCGAAACAACCUACUUCGCCACCUCUUCAACGACAAAAUACAAAGGCAACCCCGCCCUCACCUCCGAGUAUCAUUAGAGAUAAUCAUGGCUAUUUUCAAUUCCACCGAGUUGGGUUCUUGGGCGAGGGAGGCUUUGCUCGUGUCUAUGAAGCUGAAGACUUCAGAGGAACCAGAGUAGCAUGCAAGGUGGUAACGAGGUCCUCGUUGACAACAAAGAAAACGAAGACGAAGCUGUAUGCUGAGAUUAGGAUUCACAAAUCACUCAGUCAUCCCAAUAUUGUCGCCUUCCAAGAGUGUUUCGAAGGCGAUGACAACGUCUACAUGAUUCUUGAACUGUGUACGAGCGGCUCCCUUAUGGAUAUGUUGCGUCGCCGUCGACGACUAAGCGAAGCCGAAACUCGCUUUUUUCUGGUGCAAAUAAUCGGUGCUUGUCACUACAUGCAUAUACAUCAGGUUAUUCACCGCGACCUUAAGUUGGGGAACAUAUUCCUUGAUGGGAAGAUGAACAUCAAAGUCGGUGACUUCGGACUUGCAGCUUUGAUUGAAAAUCCUGGAGAAAGGAAGAAGACCAUUUGUGGGACGCCCAACUAUAUCGCUCCUGAAGUCCUCUUCGACACUGCGAACGGGCAUAGUUUUGAGGUGGAUACUUGGUCUAUCGGUGUGAUCCUUUACACACUAGUCAUUGGUAGACCACCUUUUCAGACGAAAGAUGUGAAAGCUAUAUACAAACGUAUACGUGACAACGCAUAUGAAUUUCCAACUGAACGGCCUAUUUCUCAAGCGUCUCAGCAACUUAUUCAAUCAAUUCUUGCUCCCAAGCCACAAGAGCGGCCUGCUCUUCUAGACGUAGUUCACGACGAUUUCUUCACCAAAGGAGCAUUUCCACCUCACAUCCCUACCUCCGCCCAUGACGUUGUGCCAGAUUUCCGAGCUAUAACUAGGAGUGCCAGCGAAGCGAACUUUCGUCGUGUGCGACGCGCGGCACUCCUCGACCCGGACCAGAUCACUAGCAUUGCGGUUCCCUAUGUUUCUGAAGAUUUAGCUAUUUCUAGCGCAGCCUCCGAUGCUCCUACACGAAGCGUCACUGCUGCUAUAGCUCAACAAGAAAAAGAGUUCCAAAAAGCCGUCCAACCAGGCUCUCCGAUCUCUGCGCUACUGAGCUCAGCUAAGCGCCCUUUGCUCAGAAGUACGGGUCCUCCAGGUGCGCCAGGCAAUGGUGUAACAAAGGAGUCCCCAUUGUUCAGGAAAUUACAAGCCGUGUCGACCUCAAAUCCACCCAAUCCUUCGCCUUUAAGACAAAGUUCCGCAACGGGCUCAUCCCGUCCCGUUGCUGCGCACACGGUAAAUCGUGGCCUGGAACAUAUUGCGGAAGAGGACGAUAGGAAUGACGAGCUGGGGAGAAAGAGAAAGAAUCAGACGAAAGAGCUAGAAGCGCAGAAGGCUAGAAUUGUCGCACAGAUGGCUCCAGUGAGAGAGGAAGAAAGAUAUGAAGCAGGUGCUCAAGAUCGUUACGAAGAUCCUCAACCAGAAAGAAAGGAAAUCAAAAGAUCAAGCGUUAGAGAAGUUAAAGAGAACCGUUUCCCAGUUCCUUCUGCUCCCAUCCCAGAGCUCAAAGCCCAAUUAGCUGGGUUUGAUGCAGCGGCUCAUGUGCUCACCCUUGCAUUCGAGUCCAAAGCGGUGGGUCAAGUCUUUCGGGACCCCCGUGAAGAUCCACGUAUUCCCCUACCUGAAGAGAAGGUGUUUAUUGUGUCUUGGGUGGACUAUUGCAACAAAUAUGGAAUGGGAUAUGCCCUCACCGACGGAAGUGUCGGAGUUCACUUCAACGAUAGCUCCAGCAUUGUCUUGAGUGCGGACAAGCACCACUUUGAUGUGAUCUCAUCGCGGCGAAAUGGGACUGUAUUUGUUAGGAAAUCCUUCACCGUCGAAGAGUACCCUGAGGAAUUGCAAACGAAGGUGUACCUGCUAAAGCACUUCGAACGAUAUAUAAUGGACCGUCUCUACGGCGAAUAUGACUAUACUUUCGAAGACACCGAAAAAACCAAGGGAAUGAUAUGGGUGCAAAACUAUCUUCGAAUGAAGCAAGUCAUCGUCUUCAAAUUGAGUCACGACGUUCUUCAGUUCAAUUUCUAUGAUCACUCUAAAAUCAUUCUCUCCUCCUCCGGCCUCGUCGUGACUCACAUUGACAAGAACAGUGUACUCACUCGUUGGCUUCUUUCGGAUAUCAUGCACAACGCUUUGCGUGCGGCUUCGUCGACCUCAACUGCCAACCCGGAUACCGUUAAGUUCAACCAGAAGCUUGUUGACAAACUCAAAUACUGCAAAGAAGUCCUUGUCAGCAUUCAAACGGCCAAAACUAGCGGAAGUGAUGCCACUCCUACCUCCAAUAUCCCUGGUUCGACUGUUGGUAAUUCUGUGGGCUUACCAGACAAAGCUUUGAAAGCUUCACUGAGAUAA